UAUGUUGAAGUUUCGUUGUCACAGUUCCUUCAUCAAAAUCCAUUUUUGGGACUUUAGUUACACGUAGCUAAGCUCUCUUUCAAUCCAAGUUUAUUCCGUUUCUGCGUUAUCUUCAGACACCAGUCUACUGUCACGCUCAAAAUUUGGCCUCUUUUUUUCCUAUCACUCCCUCUCACCAGGUGAUUCUUUCUACUGGUAGUUGCCGAUUCUUGAAUUUAAACUCUUUCCCAUUGUUUUACUCUCUCUUUCUUUUUCAUUCUUUUCUCCUCACACGUUUUCUUUCUUCCUCUGUAUACCAUCAAAUCCAAACAUUUCAGUAGUACAACAUCUCAAGCUCGUGUACUUUAUUUUCUUCCAUAAAUCUCAACAACUUGGAUUCUACUCUUCUUGGGAAGAGCCCCAUUCCGGAAUUCUUCUGUCUUUCUACUUAAAGAGUAGUGGCUGACACAGUGUGGAAGGGCUUUUGGAGAAUAUGAAGUUAUGCGCUUCACUGUUGUUUCUCAGUCUAGUUUCCAUGGUCUCUUUCGUGACUUGUGAUCCUGUGCCUUCAAUUGAAGUUUGGGCGCUCACAACCUUCAAAGAGGCCGUAUAUGAAGACCCAUACCUAGUUCUGUCCAACUGGAAUACGCUGGAUUCAGAUCCUUGUGAAUGGUUUGGCGUUUCCUGCUCUGAAGAUCGAGAUCAUAUCAUUAAGCUCAAUAUUUCGGGGUCAUCGCUAAGAGGAUUUCUAGCGCCAGAAUUGGGACAAAUUACCUACUUGCAAGAACUGAUUUUGCAUGGCAACAAUCUGAUUGGAACAAUACCUAAAGAAUUGUUCGCGUUGAAUUCCCUCAAGGUCUUGGAUUUGGGGAAGAAUCAAUUAUCUGGACCAAUUCCUCCCGAGAUUGGAAAUCUAGCACAAGUUGUUAAAAUAAACCUGCAGUCCAACGGGUUGACUGGUAGUCUACCUCCAGCGCUUGGAAAUUUGAGAUACCUUCAAGAACUUAGGCUGGACAGGAAUAAACUUCAAGGGCCAGUUCCUGCUGGUGGCAGUUCAAACUUUUCUUCAAAUAUGCGUGGAAUGUAUGCCUCAAAUGCAAAUUUAACUGGUCUCUGUCAAUCAUCUCGGUUAAAAGUUGCAGAUUUUUCAUAUAACUUCUUUGUAGGUGGUAUACCUGCUUGCCUGGAGUAUCUACCUAGGUCGAGCUUUCAAGGGAAUUGCUUCCAAGGCAAAGAAUUAAAGCAGCGUUCUGCUUUGAAAUGUGCUGGUGCUUCACCUGCCAAGAGCCAUCCUGUGGCCAAUCCAAAGUAUCGACCUGCCGAAUAUGUGUCCAAGCAUCGAGCAUCCCAACCUGCCUGGCUUUUGGUUCUGGAAAUAGCGACAGGAACCUUGGUUGGUUCUCUCUUUCUGGUUGCAGUUCUCGCUGCUCUUCUUAAAUGUAACAACAAAUCAUCUAUCAUUUGGCCUUGGAAGAAAUAUGCAAGCCGGAAGGACCAUAUGACAGUAUACAUAGACUCUGAGAUGCUGAAGGAUGUGACGAGUUACAGCAGACAAGAGCUUGAAGUGGCAUGUGAAGACUUCAGCAACAUAAUUGGGUCCUCACCAGACAGUGUAGUCUACAAGGGCACCUUGAAAGGUGGGCCUGAGAUUGCUGUAAUUUCUCUCUGUGUUAAGGAGGAGCAUUGGACAGGAUAUCUUGAACUCUAUUUUCAGAGAGAGGUGGCAGACUUGGCAAGAUUGAAUCAUGAGAACACUGGAAAACUUCUGGGAUACUGUAGAGUGAGCUCUCCAUUCACAAGGAUGCUGGUUUUUGAGUAUGCUUCAAAUGGAACACUUCAUGAGCACUUACAUUAUGGAGAAGGGAGCCAGUUAUCAUGGACUCGGCGUAUGAGAAUCAUUAUUGGCAUUGCUCGUGGACUGAAGUAUCUACACACAGAAGUUGACCCGCCAUUCACUAUAUCAGAGCUGAAUUCAAGUGCUGUAUACCUUACAGAAGAUUUUUCCCCUACGCUGGUUGAUUUUGAGAGUUGGAAGACAAUACUUGAAAGGUCAGAAAAGAAUUCUGAAUCUGUUGGAAGCCAAGGUGCUGUUUGUGUUCUUCCACAUUCCCUCGAGGCUCGCCAUCAUGAUCCCCAGGGAAAUGUAUAUGCUUUUGGCAUACUUCUGCUGGAGAUAAUAAGCGGGAGACCUCCAUACUGCAAAAAUAAAGGGUCCUUGGUGGAUUGGGCCAAGGAGUAUCUAGAAAUGCCAGAGGUAAUGUCAUAUGUGGUGGAUCCAGAGUUGAAACAUUUCAGAUACGAGGACCUUACAGUAAUAUGCGAGGUAGUAAAUCUUUGUAUCAAUCCAGACCCCACCAAGCGUCCAUCCAUGACAGAACUAUGCUGUAUGCUGGAGAGCAGGAUUGACACAUCAAUGAGUGUGGAGUUCAAGUCUUCAUCUCUGGCUUGGGCUGAACUUGCACUUUCCUCCUAAAUGAUUCUUUAACACUAACAUACGCUACAGCAAUAUACAAAACUGAUACUUCUUACCCUACAGCAUCUCGUUGUAUAGCGUUGGCACACUGGCAGAUUAGUAGAACAAGUGCACUAAUAAGCGUUCCCCUUUGUGUAUUCUGUAGAGCACUUACGGAUUGGGAAGGCUUUACGUCUAACUUCCCUUUACUUUGGAGUUUUAAGAUGGAGUAUGGGAUAAAGGAGAUUUACCGAGAUGGAGCAUUGGAAAAUAUCUCGUUUGCCACUGCUUGUAUGAUUAACACAGUAUAAAAUUGGCACGGUGUAUAUAUGGUGCAUCACUUGAAAUGCAAAUCUUUUUGUUUCUUCUAAUACUGUAUUUGACAUCUCGAUCAAUAUUGGCGGGUGAACAUGACUUGUAAAAGGAAAUCAAAGGAAAAGCCGAAGAGGUUUCUUUCGAUUA